CUCGCAGCGACCACGGCAACAUGGCCCUGAACGGCGCUGAAGUCGACGACUUCUGCUGGGAGCCUCCGAGCGAGGCGGAGACGAAGGUGUUGCAGGCGCGCCGGGAGCGGCAGGAUCGCAUCUCUCGGCUCAUGGGCGACUACCUGCUGCGGGGUUACCGCAUGCUGGGCGAGACGUGCGCGGAGUGCGGGACGAUCCUCCUGCAAGACAAACAGCGCAAAGUGUACUGCGUGGCGUGUCAGGAGCUGGACUCGGACGUGGACAAAGACAAUCCGGCCCUGAACGCACAGGCCGCCCUGUCCCAGGCCCGGGAGCACCAGCUGGCCUCGGCCACAGAGCCCCCCGCGGGGCCUCGGCCGGCCCCUCAGCCCCCCGUGCCCCGGCCGGAGCACUGCGAGGGAGCUGCGGCCGGGCUCAAGGCUGCCCAGGGCCCGCCGCCCAUCGCCACGCCCGGGCCCCCCAGCGCCGUCCCUCCGCUCGCAGACACCGCCGUGGCCUGCACGCAGGCCGCCCUCCUGCAGAAGCUGAGCUGGGCCUCGGCCGAGCUGGGCUGCAGCACGUCGGUGGAGGCCAGCGUCCAGCUGUGCGGCCUGAUCCGGGCGUGCGCCGAGGCCCUGCACAGCCUCAAGCAGCUGCAGCACUGAGAGAGAGAAAACCCCCCCCCGAGAAAAAAACCUGUGGGGCUCGGGGAAAACAAGAAGGCUGUUUCUCCGCG